AUGAUGUAUGGCAAUGAUCAGGAUACUGGUAUGAAUAAUGCUUGGCAGUGAUCAGGACGCUGGUAUAGGGUAUGGCAGUGAUCAGGAUGUUGGUAUGGGGUAUGGCAGUGAUCAGGACACUGGUAUGGCAUGUGGGGUGAUCAAAAUGCUGGUAUGGGGUAUGACGGUGAUCAGAAUGCUGGUAUGGGGUAUGGCAGUGGUCAGGAUGUUGGUAUAAGAUAUGGCUGUGAUCAGGACACUGGUUUGGCAUGUGGGGUGACCAGAACACUAGUAUGGGGUAUGGCAGUGAUCAGGAUGCUGGUAUUGCUUAUGGUGGUGAUCAGAAUGCUGGGAUGGUGUAUGGUGGUGAUUAUGGCACUGGUUUGGGGUAUAGCGGUGAUCAGUAUGCUGGUAUGG